AUGAAUGCAGAGGCACUGGCUGAUGCAAAGGCAGCAAGUCUAAAGGAACGCGCCGCGGAAGUGGCGAGACGGAGGGAAGAAGAAGAAGCGAGGUGGGAGGCAGAAGAAGAGGAAGCUAGAAUCAAAGCUAAAGCAGAAGAUGAGGCAAAAAUCAAGGGGGAAGAGAUGGAUGCAGAGGCACUGGCUGAAUCCAAAGCAGCAAAUCUAAAGGCCCGAGCAAAGGAAGUGGCGAAACGGAGGGACAAAGAAGAAGCGAGGUGGAAGGCAGAAGAAGAGGAAGCUAGAAUCAAAUCUAAAGCAGAGGAUGAGGCAAAAAUCAAGGGGGGAAAGAUGAAUGCAAAGGCACUGGCUGAAGCCAAGGCAGCAAGUCUAAAGGAACGAGCCGCGGAAGUGGCGAGAAAGAGAGCAAAAGAUGAAGCGAGAUGGAAGGCAGAAGAAGAGGCAGCUAGAAUCAAGGUGGAAGAAAAGGAAUCGUCAAGCAUCAAGGCGGAAGAAGACAAAGCAGCUACAAUUAAAGUGCAAGGGGAAGCAGCGAAGAUCACAUCAGGGCAGGAGGAAUCUACACGUAGAAAAAUUAUUGAAGAGGAAGCAGUUGGCGCCUUCAUAGGGCUGCCUUAUCAUGUUAUUGAAGCACGAAAGCAGCCCAAGUCACCAUUGCAGGGGGCGAAGUUGAAGGAUAAAUACUCAUCCAUUGAGGAUUUGGGGGAACGUGCCUUUGCAAUCUUGGUGGAUCUCUACAUGAUUGAAUUGCAUGAAGACUAA